AUGUCUGACAUCGACGACGAACUCUUCGCCCUCGCUGGCGGCGACGAAGAGGCAGACGUAGAAGAAGGCGAGGCCUCGUCGCCAGCAGCAUCAUCGCCCAACUCUCUGGGCUCAGAUGCCAUGGAAGAGUCCGACUCGGACCGCGACGACGAGCCGCCUGCACGGUCGACCGACGUGCCCUACCCCCUCGAGGGCAAGUACAUUGACGAGGCCGACAAGAGGAGGAUCCUGGGCAUGUCGCAGCUCGACCGCGAAGAGAUUCUGGGCCAGCGUGCCGAGGAGAUGAGCAGAGCAAACUUCACCGCUGAGCUGGCCAGGCGUGCAGCAAACCUCCAGAACGACCGGAAACGGAAGGUCGAUUCCGAGGAGCCAGACGAGAUGCACCGCGAGAGCAGCCGGCCCAAGGUCAAGGCGCGCACAAACGACAAACUGGAGGAGUACAAGCGCAACAGAGAACAGCGCGGCCAGCAGCGAGAGCGAGAUAGCGACCGUCGCACCCACCGCCGGCGCUCGAGCUCAGCGAGCCGUGACGGCCCUUCAGACAUCGACGCUGACGGCGAGAGCGACGUCGAGUGGGACGACCGUGCGCCUGCAAAAGCUCGCGAAGAGCUGCCCGCUACCCUCCGGGACUUCGACUCUGUACGCGUGGGUCGCGGCUUCUUCUCGGAAGUCUGCUUUUAUCCUGGCUUCGAAGAUGCAGUCACUGGCACCUUUGGACGUGUUGGCGUCGGCCAGGACGCGCAGCGCCGAACACAGUACAAGAUGGCGCAAAUCAAAGGCAUCAACACAGGCAAGCCCUACCUUUUCGAAGGCAAGAACGGGGCGAAGAUCGCCACAGACCAAUACGUCGUGGCGCAGCAUGGUUCGACCAAGAAAGACUACCAGUUUCAGUUUCUGUCGAACCAGCGCUUUGACGAUAGGGAUCUGGACGUAUACAAGCAGUCGCUUACUGAGACCAACGCCAAAUUACCCUCCAAGUCUUUCCUCGAACGGAAAUUCGACGAUCUCAAGAGCCUCCAGAAUCACCACUGGACCGAGUCGGAGAUCAACGCACGCAUUGCCAAGGCGAAGAAGUACCAACACCUCCUACACCGCAACUCCAUCGACGCACAGCCACGGAUACAGACACAGUCAGAAGCCGCCGCUGUGAAGACCGCGGAGCUCAACCGCAUGAACCGCAUUAAGGAAGCGGAGCGUGUGCGUAAAGUCCAGCUGGAGCAGCAACGCCAGAAGAAAAUGGAGCAGAAGAAGGAAGCAGCCCGCAAGCGCGCCGAGGAGGAAGCCAGGAAAGCGCAAGAAGAGGCCACACUCAAAAGCGAGACUGAUGCGCUCUUUGGCGACGGCGACGGCGAUGUCACGUCGCGAGCCAGCACACCAAAGCCGCAAGACAAGAAGAAGUCGGAACGCAAAGGCCUGCCGACGUUCCGGAAACCAAAGACCGACGAUGAUUUCAUUGCGAGCAUGGAUUUGGAUAUCGACAUUGCCAUCUAA